AGGGUGCUAAUUUACAGGGACACGGCCAAGUUUAUGAAAUUGAGGCAUUGGAAAAGUUAUACCAGAAGGAAAAGUUAUCCCAGAUCCAAUCUGGGAUCUAAGACAGUGUAGUAGUAGUAGUUAUACUGAAAGUCGCUUCUGAAGAAAUCUAUCAUAUCAGUAUUUGUUCUUGGGAUUGUGCAGUUCAACUGUUUGCUCAAAGUACCAAUAGAAAACUGCUUAUUUAUCAUCUCCCAGGGAUUCACAGGACUUUCUCUCACUGGGUAUUCAAACCCAUCAUGUUCAAGCAGUCGCCGCGUAGGAACCAGAGGAACACGGGAUUCAAAGUGAAACACACUCUUCAAGUAUGUGUACUUGUAGGUGUUUGUGUCUGGCUUCUUUACCAAAUCCAACAGUCUCAAUAUAAAAACACCUCAAAGGAAGAACAUGAGCCUCUCUCUGAGAAGGUAGACAACGGAUUUGAAGAUCUCAAGCUGGGCAGGAAAGGCCUCCAACCUCGUUUGGAGGAAGCAAAUUCCAAAGAUUCGGGUAAUGGGGAGCAACAAGACGAGGAGGAGGAGAAAGGGAAAAGUUUUGAUGAUGAGAACAAUCAAGAAGUGAAAGAAGAAAAUGGGCAGUCCAUAGAUGAAAAUGGGGAGAGCAUUGAAAGGGAUGUCUUGGAAGAGAACAAGGAAAAGGAUGAAAAUGGCGCGGAUGGGAAUGGAAACGAAGAGAUAAAUGAUAAUGGGGGGAGCAAGGAGAAUGAAAAUGGUGAAAACAAAGAUGAAGAAAACAAAGUGAAAGUAGAGGAGGAAAAUAGUAUUAUCAAAGAAAAACAAGAUGAAAGCAAUGGAAGUGAGGAAACAAGUGUAAAUGGAGGUGAAGAGAUGGGAGCAAAAGAGAAUGGGAGUGAAGAGAAUGAUCCUAAGGUCAAUACGAAUAGCGACAACACGGACGAAAAGAAAGAUGGUCAAGUAGAAGAAACUAAUGAUAACAAUAAUAAUGGAAUUGAAGAGAAUGGGAGCGAGGAAACAAGUAAAAAAGGAGGUGAAGAGAACAACGAAAAGGUAGAGGAGAAUAUGAAUGGCAAAGAAGGGAAUGGGGAGGAAAAUAGUAUUAUCAAAGAAAAGACGGAUGAAAGCAAUGGAAGCGAGGAAACAAUUGAAAAUAGAGGUGAAGAGAUGGAAGUAAAAGAUAAUGCGAGUGAGGAAAAGAAUGAUGGUCAAGUAGAAGAAACUAAUCGCAAUAAUGGAAUCGAAGAGAAUGGGAGCGAGGAAACAAGUAAAAAAGGAGGUGAAGAGAACAACGAAAAGGUAGAGGAGAAUAUGAAUGGCAAAGAAGGGAAUGGGGAGGAAAAUAGUAUUAUCAAAGAAAAGACGGAUGAAAGCAAUGGAAGCGAGGAAACAAUUGAAAAUGGAGGUGAAGAGAUGGAAGUAAAAGAUAAUGCGAGUGAAGAAAAGAAUGAUGGUCAAGUAGAAGAAACUAAUCGCAAUAAUGGAAUCGAAGAGAAUGGGAGCGAGGAAACAAGUAAAAUAGGAGGCGAAGAGAACGACACAAAGGUAGAGGAGAAUAUGAAGGGCAAAGAAGGAAAUGGGGAGGACGAAGAGAGUAAGAGUGGGGAAAUAAGCGAAACUAAGGAAGUCGAGGGAGAGGAAAGUAACGAGAGGAAAGACAUGGAGGGCAAAGUAAAAGACCACUCUACCCCCAAUGGCGUGAACAAAGAUGAGGGUGGAGAAACUAAUGAGACAAAAGAUGUACAAGGUGAAGCAAAAGACAACUCUAGCCCCAAUUCCGUUAAUGAAGAUGAGGGUGGAGAAAGCAACGAGACGAAAGAUGAACAGGGUGAAGCAAAAGACCACUCUACCCCCAAUGGCAUUAACGAAGACGAGGGUGGAGAAACUAAAAUGAUGAAGUCAUCAUCGCUGAGUGAAGGGAAUGCAAAUGGAGUGUGGCAAGAAGACCACUCUACCCCUAGUUCUGCACAGUCUGGAAACGAAAACAAAGACGUUCCCAUUGCUGGAGAUUCUGGUACAGAAUCAACGAAUGACAACAUUGUAUCAAUCGGUAGUGGGGAGUCUGUUUCAGAUUCUACACCGGAUCGACAAAGCAGUGAUGACUCGGGUUCAGUUAGCUCAGCUGUGGAUCCCCAUAAUGACAAUGGCACAAUCGUUAACCGUGGUGAAACCAGGCUUAACCAGAGUUAAGUGAUCCAAUCCAAUUCCCACAUUCAAAAACUUAAGAAAAUACUGCAGUAACAAAGAUGUUGCUGCUGCUACAGAGUCAUACUUUAUGAAUUGCAUUAAGAAUUUGUUUGUACUUUGUUGGCUUUUCUACCUGGAAGCAAAUUGUACCAUUUUUUGCUUACUACAUUCAGUUACAAGUUAAUGUU